AUGGCUUAUGUCAAGAUAACCCUUUACCGUUUUAGUUCUGCUCACGGUUGGCAGCCUCGAUGGUUUCUUCUCUGUGGUGGUAUCUUGUCCUAUUAUGAUUCUCAGGAAGAUGCCUGGAAGGGUUGUAAGGGAAGCAUUCAAAUGGCUGUGUGUGAAAUUCAAGUUCAUCCUGCAGAUAACACGCGAAUGGAUCUGAUCAUCCCAGGGGAACAAUACUUCUAUCUGAAGGCAAGAAAUGCAGUUGAGAGGCAGAAGUGGCUGGUUGCACUAGGAACUGCCAAAGCCUGUCUGACAGACAGCAGGACGCAGAAGGAAAAAGAGUUCACUGAAAACACGGAAGCCUUGAAAACUAAAAUGUCUGAACUUAGACUGUACUGUAACCUCCUUGUUCAGCAAGUGCAUAAAACAAAGGAAGCCAGCAUUUCUGAUGUAUCAGAUCCAGAGAGCGGGAUUGAUGUGGGAGCUCUGUUGAAAUCAACCUGUGACACCUUCCUGAAGACUCUUGAAGAAUGUAUGCAGAUUGCAAAUACUGCCUUUACUUCUGAGUUAUUACAUCGGACUCCGCCUGGAUCCCCACGUUUAGCAGUUCUCAGAUCAAACAAGAUAAAACACUCAGUCUUGUCCAGUCACACCACAACAGAAAGACAUAUGGAAUUGAACUCUCGUGAAAAUGGCUCUGUAAAAGCAGAAUUCAGCCAUCAAGAGCAAACUCUUAAUAAGAGUCUGGUGCAUUUAAACCUGGAAAGAAAUGAGGGGAGCAGUGAUGUUCUGGCUGAAGACCACAUAGAGGAGGAUUUGGCAGGUGAAUGCGUUAAAGAAGAUGGAGAGAGCAAGCCGCAAGCUGUAGAAGGCUUUGGUACCCACCAGUUGCUGCAGUCGGAAACAGAUUCUGUAUGUGGAUUGACUUUAUCGUGUGAGGAAGACAGAAAUGAAGAUGAUUUUCCUACGUUCUUCAGUGUCAUGAGCAAUAGAUUUAGUGAUAUUGAACUCCGUGAGGAGGAGGGCAUACCAACAGAGGAGUUUCUGGAGUCAUGUUAUGCCAUUGUGCCCGUUCUGGACAAGCUGGGACCAACUGUUUUUGCUCCUGUUAAAAUGGAUUUUGUAGGUAACAUCAAGAAAAUAAACCAGAAAUUUAUAACCAACAAAGAAGAGUUUGAUACUCUUCAGAAGAUAGUGCUCCACGAAGUGAACACAGGUGUAGCAGAAGUUAGAAACUCUGCUACGGAGGCUCUCUUGUGGCUGAAAAGAGGCUUAAAGUUCUUGAAAGGAUUUUUAACAGAAGUGAAGAAUGGUGAAAAGAAUAUCCAAACAGCUCUGAACAAUGCUUAUGGGAAGACGUUACGGCAACACCACGGCUGGGUUGUACGCGGGGUCUUUGCGUUAGCUUUAAGGGCAGCUCCAACAUAUGAAGACUUUGUGGCAGCGCUGUCUGUAGAGGAGUGUGACGCUCAGGAAGAAACGUUUUAUAAAGGCAUGCAGAGGGACCUCAACAUUUACUUACCAGCCAUGGAAAAGCAGCUAAAUAUCUUGGACACUCUUUAUGAAGUACAUGGUUUGGAGUCAGAUGAGGUGGUAUGACUACAGCGAAACAGCGUCUUAAAACUUCAGGGACUGUAUCUGUUAACAAAGUAUGUGGGGUUUUUUGUUUGUUUGUUUUUUAAUAUUGUUUCUGUUCAUUGUAUCCCUUCUGUUGGAAGGGCAUGAGUGUUUUUUGGGGAAGGGUAUGUAUGAAUAUGUGGGGUUUUUUAAUGCUUUUUUGUGUAUAAAUGCAGAGGUACUGUUUUUCUUAAGGUCAUAGCUAUGUCUGUGAUGAAUGCUUUUGACUGAAUAGCUCUUGUUUCCCUCUCUUGCCUUGCUCCUUCUCUUCUCUUCCCUCCGUAAAUGUAAUGGAGCAGAACUUGCCUUUGCUCCCAGGCUUCGUGGAGGAGUCACACGUUCAGCAGCACGGUCGGCACUAGCAGGUGCUGCUGGCUCUGGCUGUGCCGUGCCGUGUGCCAGCUGUGCAUUGACUCUAGCCACCCUGCCACUGUGUAUUAGCUGUGUAGGAGGGCAGAGGUAAUGAGAGUUAUCACCCUGGUAGCAGGAAAGAAGCAGCAGUUAAAUGCCAGCUUACCAGGUAUGUGGCGAGUUUAUCCUUCCUUUUUUUGACUUAUUUUGGAUGGAAGCACUUUUGCUGUUUAAUGCACAUCCCCAAACAUUAGAGAUCUUUACCACAAGUGUACGUGGCUGGUGCUCUGAGCUUGCCCAGGGGCUGGACUGUGAAAACGCACUGCAUUCCCUGCACAGCUGCCAGCUGUGCCACGUUCUCCCUUUCAGCUCCUGACAAUCCUACGCAAAACUUCCUCUGUGCCCUCCGCGGCGGCAGGAUGCUUCUGCCCACGUAGCUCGUGCCGCAGCGCAGGGGAGCCUCAUGGCAGAGGGAGGGGAAGCAGCUGUACAGUCGCAGGAGGAAGGCUGUGAGCAGUGGGUGCCGUUUCCUCAGCGCUGGUGCUCGCUGCUGCUCCCUCUGCCCCGUGUUGUCCCAGUGCUGGGACGGGUGAGCCGGAGCCUCGGCUGCUACAGGCUGGCUGAGCUCAGCUCGUUCCAGUGGUGCUGUACACAUCUGUAGCAGCUGAAGGUCUGCUCCGAUGUUGAUCGUGUUUGUAGGCAGGGUAAUGGUUUCAAAGGUUUCUAAGACUCAAUAGCAGUCGGUAUGCCACGGUGCAACAGAAAAUCAUGUCCAUCCUCUUCGUUUUUGGGAGGGCUUGGGGUGGGGGUUGGUUUGGGGUUUAGGACCUUUUAAAUCAAAUUCACAUGAAGACAUAUUUGCCUUUUAAAUUAGUACAGCUAGCAGUUUAUGAAGCAGUUUUUCUUGAAAUCCUUCCUAGGCUGGCAUUAUGGGCAAAAACUUCAUGAAAGCAGACACAAAAUGAGCCAUUAUGUAUUUGGCCAAUUACAAGCCUUUAAAUCCAAAAUUGUAUAGCAGUGAUAGGGUUUUAGGAAAGUAAGACUUCUGCUGCUUUUUCCCCUUUUGCUGGUACAGAUAAUAAUGUGCUCUUUUGCACAAAGCUAUCCAAAGCCCUAUGUCGCUACUGAAAGACUUGUUUAUGCCUUGAACUGGCAGUCAAUAAUUCGCAGACCUUGUACCAGCCUUCAACACAAGUUAUGAAUUUUGCUCUUUACUAUGUCACUAGCUAAAAGGACUCUUUAAGAAAAGCAUCUGAUGUGGGAAGAAAAGACAAAACAUCCCAUUUGGUGAAUAAAACAAGAUACCAGAACUGUAAUUAACUGUGAUUAAAUAGUGUGACUGUUCUCUUCCCCCCACCCCCAUAAUCUCCUCCUAGAGCCACUGGCUGCCUCUAGUUUCUACGUACUCCAAGAGGAAUCAGAAGGGUGUAAGGUUUGUUUGUUUUAAAGUAGUUUAUAAAGUAGUAAUAUUUAUGUCUAAACAUAAAGUCAAAAUUUUUGGUCAAAGCACCGUUCAAUUAUUUCACCGGUUGCAGUGCUACAAGUGAAAUGGAGAGCCUUUGAGAUUUGUCUGUCCGCUCCUCUUGAGCGUGAAUGCUGAGAAACCGCACUUAGGCUAGAACAAGCAACUCUCCACCCUGCGUGGUUUCCUCAGGGUUUUCGGCUAAUAUGUGGCAAAGUAGAAUAGUUCUUAGCUGAAUGCUCUGAGAAAAUAACGGAGACCACAUUUCCACAUAAAUACAAUUUGCGGUAGGGGGAGGACAGGAAGAGAUCCCUCUUCUGUAGAAAUUAAUUGAGAGACCAUGAUGGAUAUUGACUUACUCUAAGCUUUUGCAGUAGCAAGAAAGAGUAUCCAGCACUUAUGGACUUGGAGGGGCAGUGUGUGUUUGUCUUGUGUGGGGGUGAUUGAUUUGUUUGUUUGCCUAAACUAGUGAGAGAACCACUAGUUUGGUAGUAGUGUAUCAAGUUUUGCUUGAUGCAAAAAGUAAAGAAGCUUUAUUUCUUGAAUAAGAAACUUAACAGGUUCAUUGGGCUGUUAUCUUCAGAAAUUACUGACUCCUACGGUUGUUCUUGCUUGUAGCAAGCAGAGAGCACUAUAUGUUGUUCUGUGUCUUCUGGAAUCAGUGGGGCAUCCCAUCUCAGAGCUGCCUCUGUGGCCUUACUCCUCCUGCAUAAAAUCAGUCUUUCUGAUUUUUUGGAGUUGGUACUUGAACUUUCUUAGGAGACGGUGACUUCAGGAGGCCCCUGUGUGCUUGUUAAACAGGGGAUUUGCAAAGAUGGAACUGAGUGAGGUCUCACUUUUGAUAGCUCUUUUCUUUCAAAACUUGUAUUCUGUAAUGCACUGCUCUUGCAAGUGAGUGCUUUUUAGUAUUUAUGAAUGCUCUUUUUCCAGUCAAACUACCAGUAAGAAAGAAACCUAUACAGCAUGUUGCAGAGCUGAACUCUGUUAUACCUCUAGUAAGGAUGCGAUAGAGCAGAUUGCCAAGCGUAAUCAAAUACACUGCUAGACAAUUCUUUAGUUUCGUUCUUCGUGGUGUCAGUUUGGCAAGCAGAGAGAACUGUUUUUGAUUUUUAAUCAUUAUAGAGAACAAGCAACUAACUACUGACCCUUAAAUUCAGAAUCGCAGAGGAGGUAUGAUUGUGGCGUGUGUGUGUUUGUUUUUAUGGCUGACACUUAAGAACUGAACUGA